AUGGCGCCAACAACAUCCAACAUCUUUCUUCUAUGUGCCAUUGGCAUCAUAUUGCUGGCAAGACCUGCUCAUGCCUUCGGUGCUGGGAAUAUUGGUUCGACCUCGAAAAUCGAGGGCCAGAACUGGCGCCAUGGCGACCUCGAGGACACUUUGCUUACGCUCGUUGCGGCUCGAGCUAUGGGCGGUAAAAAGUUCACAAAGCUUGAUGUCAAGAGAGUAUAUUUUGGCAAUUGGCUUCGAGACUACUCUCAGGCUGUAGAUGUCGGCACCGUCAAAUACGUCAGCGCCGAAGCCAUCCGUAUCUUGCUCUGGGUACUAGGAUUUUUGUCAUUUGGCUACGGCUCUGGUGAAUUCGAAGUGACAACUCAGAGGCUUGGCUGCUACCGCCCCGAAGAACAUAUUGACAACCCCAAAGAUUAUGCAGACAAUGAGGAUGCCCGACAAUAUGAUCGUCGUCUACGAGGACCCAUCGAUGAGCGACGUGAGUUGUCUGUUGAUCCACAGACUGGACUUAAGAACUACAUUGCCAACGAACGUGCCGGUAUCGAUACAUCCGCCGGGCUGGUGAGACGUCUCCUUGGCCAGUCGAUUGAGCUGGGUCGCCGCUACUCUAGAAAUAACAACAAGAAGGAUCUCUAUGAAGCGCUCCGGCUUCUGGGAACUGCAUCCCAUUGUCUGGAAGAUUACGCUGCGCACUCCAACUAUGUCGAGCUGGCUUUGAUCGAAAUGGGCGAGCGAAAUGUCUUCCCACAUGUUGGCCGCCGGACUGAGAUCCAGCUUGAUGGGGUCCGCGGCCCUGUCUUUCCAAUUGUUACAGGAACCUUCGGCGGCGUUGAUUUCCUUCAUUCGGUCUGUGGCGAAUUCGACGACAAGGCAACUCAAAGUGAAAUCGAAGAACUCGAGGGCACCUUGAAUCAGUAUCAGAAUGGGAGACAAGACAAUAGCGUGCUUCAAGAUCUCCUCAACAAGAUUCCAGACGGAGUUUUUGGCGGGAAAGACGAGGCGGGCAAAGCAGACGAGCUGAAACAAAAUGCCGCUGCCCACCAAAUGCAAAACACCCGCAUUUCACCAAGACAGCCAGAGGAAUGGGCCAAUUAUCUCAAUGAUGUUCAGAAGCAGAUCUAUCCUAUUAUCGAAUGGCAUGACGAGAUCAUGCAAUCAAUCACCGAAACUAUCGAGAAGAUUCCAAUCUUGCCCGACCUCCUCGAGUCACUUCAGGAGGAAGUCAACAAGUUUGUCUUUUCCCUACUUGCUCCAUAUCUGCUUCCGAUCAUCAACCAGGUCAAGAAUGAACUCAACACCGGAUCGAACGAAAUCAUCCAAUCCAGCAAGGAUAAGCAGCAUAUUGUCUUCAAUGAUGACAACUCUUCGGAUCCGACUCACUCGAUGCUUUCCAAAGAUCACUUUUCCAACAUACUCAAUGAGCCCGCCGGCAAAGUCGCCCGUCAGACUGUUGCGUGGGUUGUUCCACAGAUCGUUGCGGCUUGGGACGACGACAACAUCGAUAUUGAUCGUACUCUAAAUCGGAUCAUCGCGGGCAUUCUUCAUCACCCUGCUCUUCGCGAUCGUGGGCAGGAUGGUGCUAGCGAUGGCCGUCGCCUCAUGUUUGGUGUCGUUGAGCAAUGGUGGGGAGAGAAGAGUCAGCGUGAGAAGGAUGGCUUGCGCGACCAGCUCAGUCGACGUGGUGUCGAAACUGGAAAGAACCACAAAGAAGGAGUCCAGGACCAUGGCCACGGUAGCAAUCGCCCGCUUGGCAUGGCCAACUUCAACAUCGGUGGCGGUGGCAGCAGCCAAGGGGCGCGGCAAUCAAACCAAGUGGCUAGUCAAAUCGGCCAGGCUGCUGGUGCUGCUGUGGGUGGUGGUGUUCUAGGCUCACUCGUCGGUGGCAUCGCCAGCGCAGUUGGUGGCGACAUCCUUGGAGGUGGCUUGGGCCAAGACACAGAGACCUUCAAGCGUGAUACCUACGGACGAGAUGGUUCGCGCACCGAGACUGUCACUCAGGUUGGCCACUCCUCAUCCGGAGAUCGAUAUGGCCAAGCGCAGUAUACUCGCACAACCGGGCCAGGCGGCGAAAAACGCCACGAGGAGUACAACCGCUAUGAGCAAAGCAGCUUUGGAAGUCACAUGCAAAGUGAAGUCCAUCAUCAGGAGCGAAUGAGCGGCGGGCAGUAUCGCGAGGAGACUCGGUGA